CACUCAGCAGAAUUCAUGGUCUAAUGUGAUUGAUUGCUCAUAAGUGGAAGAAGGGAAAGGGAAUUAAUUAUAAGGUUAAUUGGUAGUCUUUCUUGGUCAGGUCAGGUGACUCAUGUCUUUCAUAUAUCUGCUAAUUUUACAGAUUAGGUCAAACUAGGGUCUCGUUCAAAGAUGAAGCAUAUACAUUCUCCAGACGAUACUUUUACUAUAGUGUCUCGGGGAUGAUGGCUUUCCAAUAAUUUAGAGAAUUUUGUCCUCGGGGUAAAGACGAAGCAGUGUGCCUCUCGCUUAUUCAGGCCCUGGGGCAUUGGCCUCACUCACGUACGCUUUGCUACAAUCAGCUCAUGCAUGGCGCUUUUCAUGUCACAGGGAGAGUAAUUAACUAGGGCUCAUUUUAAAUUUUUUUACGGCUCUGCCAUUGAUCUUCCGUCGGCUUCUUCUUUCUUCUACAGCCUUAUAUUAACCAUAUAACCAAGAUUGCUCUCUCAAUUUGGGUCCGCCGUGAAAUCCCACUCUAAGGCUCUCCCAUAUCAAUAUCAUCGACGAACAGAUUCUAUGCAAAAGAGUCUAGGCGUUAUUCUUCUGCCACUGUUCCUUUAUCUGCUGUUUAGUACUACUAUUUUGAUCUCUUAUUGUUAUUCAGUUAUGACGGCAAAGAUUGGAAAGACAGAUAAAAAGACUCUUACAAGGGGUGAUCAUGCGGCAAGUCAUCAUAGUCAAGGGGAGACACAGAAAUGUGCAAUGAUCAGACUUUUGCUAUUUUUUCUGAUGAGGACACACAUGAUCAAAUUAAAUCACGGAGGUGGAAUCGAGAAACAAACCUGUCAACGAUACCUCUGGACUCCUAGCAAUACAUGGAAACGGAGGGCUUGUCAUCUAUGGAAAGGACCGAAGUACCCCUAUUUGGUCCGCUAAUGUUACUCUAAAUUCGCCAGACAAUUUCUUAGCCAAGAUUUUGGAUACAGUGUUGGUCAAGGUGGAUUCUACUCCUGCUCAAUCUUAGUCUACAAGUUCCGAGAUAUGUCCAAAUUGCGCAAGAGUGCAUUCAAGUGUUCAACUGACCGGCCAACCACGUCAGUUGUUGUUUCAAAUUUCCUGUUAGCUAAUGAGGCAGCAACUCCUUCAUCUAAACAACCUGGAUUUUGCAGACAACGUGUAUUACUGGUGAAGACCCGACCUCUCUAGGAGUUAAUUCCGUAAAUUAUGUAACAUGUACUUCAGUAGGAGCUCCCUAAUAAGAGCCUCAAAUCUUGAAUUAAUGAUACAUAUAUGUAGAAAUAUAUAAGCUACAUAUGAUAAUGAUUGUUUCUGAUGUUCAAAAUUCAAAUGCGUAAUAUUUGUAUCAAUAAGCAGGCAGCUGAAAUACAAACAUAUGUUUUUAAUUAGUUCAUUAUAUACAGGAAUUUGAUGAGGCUUUUGGUUCAUACAACAAGUUGUUGACCUAUGACGUAGACUUGCCAAACACACGUACACUUGCUCUUCUUCAAAAAUGGUUUGUUUUUCCUUCCCGUGAACCCAUUACUUUAGAAAUGUCUAGCUAAUAAUAGUCUCGUCCCUAGAUUUCUGAUCUGGUGUGGAUAUAUAUAUAUAUAUAUACGUGACGUGCAGACCAGCUUUAAUUGUGAGGUUUAGGACUUGGUCACUACUCACUAGUCAAUUGGCUUUAAAUGAAGUCAGUCCAAUUGAAAUAAGUGAUGUGCAAAUACAUAUAGCCAAAGCAAAAAAUUUCAUUGAGUAAAACUAACCAUGAGUUUUAGUAGCGCAGCGUUUAUCCAGAUAUUGCAUAUCUUCCUCCUUCUCCCCUCUAGCAUCUGCCAACUUCCCCUUGACACCCUUACGCCAAACCAACCCAUCAGAGACGGCGACGUUUUAGUCUCUAGCAGGAAACUCUUUGCACUAGGGUUCUUCAGCCCCGGAAAUCCUCAGCACCGCUACGUUGGAGUUUGGUUUUACAAAGUUCCAGAGAAAACCAUUGUCUGGGUUGCGAACAGAAACCACCCAGUCAAUGAUUCCUCUGGAGUGCUAUCGAUCAGUGGUGAUGGAGGCCUUGUCAUACACGGAAAGGACCAAAGUACCCCUCUUUGGUCCGCAAACGUUACUCUCCCUUCUCCAAACAAUUUCACAGCCAAGCUUCGGGAUACAGGAAAUCUUGUUUUACUUGAGAAUGGAAACCAAAGAGUUGUGUGGGAUAGCUUUGAUUACCCCUCAGAUACAGUGCUUUCCUCUAUGAAGCUUGGGCUGAACCGGCGGUCCGGGUUGGAGUGGCUCCUAACGUCUUGGAAGUCAAAAGAUGACCCGGGAACCGGGAGCUGUACAUAUGGGAUAGACCCGAGGGGGUCUCCGCAGUUGUUUCUGAAAAAGAGGGGAGGCCCUUUGUGGCGGAGCGGCCCUUGGAUCGGGGACAGAUGGAGCGGUGAACCCCAACUAACCACUACCGUUGGACUCUUCAAUUUAAGUUUUGUCAACAAUGAAGACGAGAUAUCCUACAAGCGUGUUGUUGCCAAUGACUCAUUGUUCACAAGGGGGGUGCUAGAUGAAUCAGGAAUAUAUCAACGGCUCAUGUGGAACGAUAAGGAAAACAAAUGGAUCGAAUUGGUCUCCGACCCGAAUGAGUGGUGUGAUAACUAUGGACUCUGUGGUCCAAAUAGUAACUGUGACCCAUACAGUGACUAUAAGUUUGCUUGCACUUGCCUACCCGGCUUCGAACCCAAAUCGCCUAGUGACUGGUAUUUGAGAAUUGGCGUGGGUGGGUGCAUUAGGAAAGCAGGAGUGUCUGUGUGUCGGAACGGAGAAGGGUUCGUGCCGGUGAAUCGUGUAAAGGUACCGGACUCAUCUACGGCAGUACAUGUGAAUAUGAGUUUGAGUUUGGAAGCUUGUAAGCUAGAGUGCUUGAUGGAUUGUUCUUGCACGGCUUACACGAGUGCAGAUGAGCGGGGAGGUGGAAAUGGGUGCUUGACAUGGCACGGGGACUUGAUGGACACGAGGACUUACCCCAAAGUUGGUCAAGAUUUAUAUGUUCGAGUUGAUGCAACUUCUCUAGCUCAAUAUGCGAACCUUAGCAAGAAGGCGACGCCGGCAAUUUCAAAUGGUUCUCUGAGCAAGAAGGCGACGCUGGCAAUUUCACUAGGAUCUGUUACAGUUUUCCUUCUCUUACUUACCCUUUAUUGGUUGGUAAGCAUGAAGAUGAAAGGCAAUCGUAGACGAAAUAAAUGUUCAUUUAUACUUACGGCCGGGUCAACCUACUUCGAAGAAUCUUCUGGUGGAACAGCUUUUGAUGAUAGUAGAAUAAACUCAGAGUUAGCAUUCUUUCAUAUAAAAACCAUAACAACCGCCACAAACAAUUUCUCCAUUGAAAACAAGCUUGGAGAAGGAGGUUUUGGCUCCGUUUAUAAGGGCAUACUUCACAAUGGAAAGGAAAUAGCAGUAAAAAGACUAUCCAAGCUUUCUGGCCAAGGAGUUGAAGAGUUUAAGAAUGAAGUGCUUCUGAUUGCAAAACUCCAACACAGAAACCUUGUCAGGAUUUUAGGUUGUUGUGUUGAAGAUGAAGAGAAGAUUCUAAUCUAUGAAUACUUGCCAAACAAAAGUUUGGACUCUUUCAUCUUUAAUGAAACAAAGAGAGCACUUUUAAAUUGGACAAAACGUUUCGAGAUUAUCUUUGGGAUUGCUAGAGGGGUAUUAUAUCUUCAUGAAGAUUCGAGAUUAAGAAUUAUCCAUAGAGAUCUAAAGGCCAGCAAUGUCCUAUUGGAUAAUUCUUUGAACCCAAAAAUUGCAGAUUUUGGUAUGGCUAGAAUAUUUAGUGGGGAGCAAAGUGAAGCGAAUACCAAUCGUGUGGUUGGAACAUAUGGUUAUAUGUCCCCGGAAUAUGCAAUGGAAGGAUUGUUCUCAAUAAAGUCUGAUGUAUAUAGUUUUGGUGUUUUACUGCUAGAAAUCAUCACUGGCAAAAAGAAUGUUGGCUAUUACCAUGAGGAGUAUCCUAAUUCAAAUUUGGUUGGACAUGUUUGGGACUUGUGGAAAAAAGGCAGAGCUGUGGAAAUCUUUGAUUCAUCUAUAGAUGAAUACCUUGUUAGUGAAGUUGUAAGGUGCAUUCAAAUCGCGCUUUUGUGUGUGCAAGAAUAUGCAACAGACCGGCCAACCAUGUCAGCAGUUGUUUCCAUGUUAGGUAAUGAUGCAGCUCUUCCUUCACCAAGACAACCCGCAUUUUUACUAAAGAGAAUGACUCCUAGUGGAGAACCAUCCAGCGGUGAAGGAGCUAAUUCAGUAAAUGAUGUAACAUGUACAAUUGUAGAAGGUCGCUAAAGGCUAUUUGUAUGUCUAGUUGCAACGAUAAUCCAAUUGAGCAAUGUAUGGAAGAUUCUAUUAUCCUCCAACUGGGCUUCUGAGUAAUGUAGAAUGUAAUUGGGGUGUUACUGUAAUAACCGAGUUUUGUCUUCUUUAGUCAAAGUGAAAUUGUGGCAGACACCUUUUAUUGGUUUAGG